UUCUCGCUGACGCCUUUCCGGAGGACUGACCCUAGAACCGUGAUCUAGGCGCACUUCUCUCACUCCUCACUUCCGCUUCCUUCAAAUAAGGAGUCCGGAUUCUCCCUUCCCCCAUAUUCCUCACCCAGGCGGCGGCGGCAGAGGCAGAGGCAGAGGUGGUUUGUGAUGUUUGGCUUCAAAAGAAACGCGGUAAUCGGACUUAACCUCUACUGUGGGGGGGCCGGUUUGGGGGCCGGCAGCGGCGGCAGCGCUACCCCUCCGGGAGGGCGGCUUUUCUCGCCCGGGAAGGAGACCUCCCGGCGAGAAGUAGGGGGAGGGGAAGCCGGCGGGGUGAUUGGCGGAAGCCCGAGCGCUAUCCCCCCGACAGUCCUCGCGCCCGACGCCCGGAGAGUUGCGCGGCCGGCGCCCAUUGGCGCGGAGGGCCCAGACGUCACCGAGACCCCCGCGAGGCCGACGUUCUUCGCGCCCACCCGCCGCACGUCGCCGCCUGAGGAGAUGCAAGCCUCGGCCGCCGACGCCAUCAUGUCGCCCGAAGAGGAGCUGGACGGGUACGAACCGGAGCCGCUCGGGAAACGGCCAGCCGUCCUGCCUUUGUUGGAACUGGUCGGAGAGGCCACUAAUGUCCCCAGCACGGACGGGUCACUUCCCUCGACGCCGCCCCCAGCAGAGGAGGAGGAGGACGAGUUAUACCGGCAGUCACUGGAGAUUAUCUCUCGGUACCUUCGGGAGCAGGCAACCGGUGCCAAGGACGCAAAACCAUUGGGCGGGCCUGGGGCCGGUAGCAGAAAAGCUUUAGAGACCCUGCGGCGGGUCGGGGACGGUGUGCAGCGCAACCAUGAGACGGCUUUCCAAGGCAUGCUUCGGAAACUGGACAUUAAAAACGAGGAUGAUGUCAAAUCUUUGUCUCGAGUGAUGGUCCAUGUUUUCAGUGACGGAAUAACAAACUGGGGCAGGAUUGUGACUCUUAUUUCUUUUGGUGCCUUUGUGGCCAAGCACCUGAAGAGCAUAAACCAAGAAAGCUGCAUCGAACCGUUAGCAGAAAGUCUCACAGAUAUUCUUGUAAGAACGAAACGAGACUGGCUAGUCAAACAAAGAGGCUGGGAUGGGUUUGUGGAGUUCUUCCAUGUAGAUGACCUAGAAGUUGGCAUCAGAAAUGUGCUGCUGGCUUUUGCAGGUGUUGCUGGAGUAGGAGCUGGUUUGGCAUAUCUAAUAAGAUAGCCUUGUAAGUGCAAUAAUUGACUCUUAAUCAACUCCAGGCACCAAAACCACACACUCCUGCCAUGAAAUUGAAGUUGGACAUCAAACUGCCCAGGCUGUAACCUCUCCUCUAAGAGUUGUAUUCUAGCAUCCUAGCCAGAAAUACAAGUGGCAAGAGGAUUAUGGCUUAACAGGAAUAAACAUGGGAAAAGUAGUUCAUACUUCCUUGACGAGCAGAGUUUCAUUUCAGUAACAGGCAAAGUUUGGGAGGCCAUGGAGGAGGUCUUUUAGGUUUAGUGAAGAUGAUAGGGUGGAAAGAAAAGACUUAAUUUCCUUGUUUAGAACAGAGGAGUGGCCAGUAACCAGCCUAGUCAUAGAGUUCAUUAAAUAUGCCCACUGGAAUUCAUUAACUUCUGUAGUGUUAAAAGAGAAGCACUAACAAUACCAGUGACUUGGGUAAAAUGGAUUUAAGCUACAAGUAAUAGAAUUAUGAUUAGAAGUCUCAGUACUGUACAACAAGAGUGUGAAUGGAAGCUUUUUCCUCUGAAAUUAGCUUUUCUGGGUAUAGUUCUUGAAUUUACAUUAGAAGUUUUUUUCAUACCCUUUUAAAAUUUUCAGCUUCUGUGGUUAGGAAUCUUUCUUAAAGCUUUUCUAUUCUCAACUUUGACCUGUCAGUUCUAGAGUAUGUACAGAAACAAUUAGUGUAGAUGUAUACCACCUGGUUGUAGUGGAACAGUUCUGAUUUAACUACACAGGCUUUAUUUUGCCUAUUUGAUUUUGGUAGGUAGUUUUUAGAUAGGGGUGUGUGUGUGUGUGUGUGUGUGUGUUUGUUUUUUUUUAAGGGCCUGGGAUUGAGAUGUUGAGGAGUGGACAUUUAUCCUUUCAAAUUGCCUGUGAUUCAGCAGCCACUCAUUUGAGUUCCUUCAUUUGACCAAAUUUAAAUAGUGAAAUUUAAACUGAAUUCAUGAGCUCAUCUUCAAAGCUUUUGGUAAAGAUUUUCAGCUGUUCCAAAUGGGACUUAUUAGCAGUAUGUGUAUAAAAAGAACACAUCAAGUGGAUGAGAGAAAUUUGAUCCCUUGUUUGCUUAAUAAAUUGUAAAAUGAUGGCCUAGAAAAAGCAGGCUAGAGUCUAACCAUGGUGCUAUUAUUAGGCUUGCUUGUUAAACACAGGUGUAGGCCUUGUAUUGUUUAAUUUCUAUUAAUGAUUCCCAAACUGUUUAAAAAUUUCACAUUGGCAUCUCUUUAAAUUUCAGACUUGAUGUUCUGUCAAACUUAACUGUCCUUUUUUGAAAUAUUUGCUGCUUGUUCUGCUCCCUCAUAGAUACUUACAGCAAUUCCUAUAUCUUUGUCAUCCUUAGACUCUCAGUGGUCCUUUUAGUUUUGGGCACUGUGAACCCCAACUGGAAACUUAAGUAACCCCCUAGAAGUCCACAGACCUUAAUCUUGCACGAAUCUUACCCUGUUGAGAGGUGGUAGUACCAUGGUUGCUGGGUCAGUAACAGUCACGGGGUGGAGGGAGGCCCUUUUCCUUGGACUUUAGAACUUUUUCGGUUGUAACUUUAUCCCAUCAAAAGUCCACUUAGGAAUUUUCAGAGAAGGGAACAUCUUAUGUGGCUUUCUCUCAAGUUUCCUUUGCGUUCGGAUAAUGCUCACUUAAAAUUUAUUGGAAGGGUGGGCUUUGUUGGACUUAAAGAGUUAUAUAAAAGCUACUGGUAAACUGAAUAAUACUUCUGAAGUGGAACUAGCGUCAUUUGAAAGCUUCAGCCUCAGAACUUGACCUUUAGUCUGUGGACUCCAGAUAAAAAUAGGCAUAAAUAAAAUGACUAAGAAUGUAAUAGGGAAGAACUGCCCUGCCUACCUACCCCUCUCCAAGCCAUAGGGUCAUCUUGCUAGAGCUAUUUUUACCUUUGUAUUUAUCAUUUUUGAUCAUAAAACCACUUAUUUAUAUCAUGUGUUUCUAAGGACCUAAAGGCACUUUAUGUAGUUUUAAAUUAAUCUUAAGAUCUGGGUAAGGCAACAAAAAAGACCUGUCUCCCCGUAUUCAGUUAUGGGGGUAAGCACAUACAUAGAUGUAAAUAGGUGGAGUUUAGUGCCCCUGUGUCCCAGUUCUCACUAGGUGUGACUGCUAAAAUAUUGAAGGAGAUCUUAGCUAAUAUUUUACGUUGGGGCUGUGAGAGCUUAGGGAGCCCAAGUGCUUUGGGAAAGGAGGCAGGGUGUUGGUUUAUAGGGAGGAGGCACGUGGUCUAAGUGCUGACCAGCUGCAUAGUUCAGGCAAAUUUUCCAAAAUGGAAAGGGAGGGGCCGCUUGGAAAGAUGGCACUCUCAGUGACUUCUGUUUGUCUUAUGCUUCUCUCAGGGAAAAAUAUGUCGUCCUCUAGUGUUCGUGUACAUCCUAUGGUCUUGGUUAAACAGCUAGUGCUUCUGACAGCUGUGCCAGGAAGGGUUAGGACCAACUACAAAUUAAUGUGGGUUGUAAAAUGUAGUGUGUUUCCCUAACUUCCUGUUUUUCCUGAGAAAAGAAUAAAUCUUUUAUUCAAAUGCAA